AUAAUUUCUAAUCAAACUUAAGAUAAUCUUUUUUGCUAUAUAACCAAGUGCAAUAGUUGCAAAUUUUAUUCUUAUCAUUUCCGCUAGUGUUGCAGGCUGGUUCAUUACAUUCAAAGAAAAAACUAUGGAUUUCGGAACAGCAUGUGAAAAGGCUAAAGCCUUCACUAAGAAACCAAGUGAUGAAAUCUUCUUGGAAUUCUACGGACUUUACAAACAAUCCACUGCUGGGGACUGUAAUAUUGCAAAACCAGGUGGUAUUGAUUUGAAAGGCAAGGCCAAAUGGGAUGCAUGGAAUAGUCGCAAGGGAAUGUCUACAGAUGCAGCUAAAGCAGCUUAUAUUCAGUGUUAUCAGAAAUAUGCACCAACAUAUGCUUAAAUAGGUUAAAUGCUCGUAAAUUAGUACAUAAAUUGGAUUAAAAGUUGGAAUUCAAUUUGAAAAUUUAAAUACAUUUGAUUUGUUGUGACUCUUUGAA